AUGCUUAUCAUUAACUCUUACUUUCAACGAGCAAAAGUGGUAAUCGCUGAACAAACCGAGAAAGAUAUUGAUGAGACACGCAGCUUGUACAUCCCUGUGGCUGUCAGGACUCAGAUUCUUUUCUUCUGUACUUAUGACCUGGCCAAUAUAGAUCCUAUGUACCAGUACUCCCUGGAAUGGUUUAUCGGCAUCUUCCUCAACAGCAUAGCUAACGCUGAUGCGUCAGAUAACGUGGAAAAGCGAAUCGAUAACAUUAAUGACUUCUUCACGUUCAGUUUAUACUCGAAUGUAUGCCGCAGCUUGUUUGAAAAACACAAACUCUUAUUCUCGUUCCUGGUGUGCGUCAGAAUUCUGAUGAACGACAACAAGAUUAACAUGGACGAGUGGCGUUUCUUGUUAGCCGGUGGUUCUACCGUUCCCAAGGAGAUUGAGAACCCCGCUCAAGACUGGCUGUCCGACAGGGCCUGGUCCGAGAUACUUCGACUUCCAAUUCUUCCUAAGUUUGCAAGCUUUGCAGAGGACUUUAAGAACCACAUAGAAGGAUAUCAAAGAAUGUUUGACAGCGUUGACCCUCACCGUGAGCCGUUGCCUGAGCCAUGGAAUACAGACCUGGAUUCCUUCCAGAAGCUUUUAGUGCUCAAGUGCUUACGAGCUGACAAAGUUACCAAUGCAAUGCAGGACUUUGUGUCUGAAAAUCUUGGACAGAGGUUCAUUGAGCCACAGACUGCAGACUUGUCUCUUGUGUUCAAAGACUCCUCGCCCAGCACUCCACUAAUCUUUGUAUUGUCUGUUGGAACUGAUCCUGCCGCUGACCUUCUUCUAAUCUACAAGUCUUGUGCAGGCAAAAUUAAACCACGUCGCGCAUCUAUUCAGUGUUGCUUAGUUUAUUUGGUGUUAUUUUACGUUAUCCAGGAAGAGUUCAAGUACCUUCUCUUCUCGUUGUGUCUUUUCCACGGUGUGACGCUGGAGAGAAGGAAAUUUGGAGCGCUGGGUUUUAACAUACCAUACGAGUUCACAACUGGAGACUUGAGGAUCUGUAUCAGUCAGUUGAGCAUGUUCUUAGAGGAAUACGAAGGAGUUCCUUUCAAGGUUUUGAAGUAUACCGCUGGACACAUCAAUUACGGCGGGCGAGUGACAGAUGACUGGGAUCGGCGGUGUAUAAUGAACAUCUUGAAUGAUUACUACUCAGAAGACGUGCUCAGCGGUGAACAUAGGUUCUCUGAGUCAGGAAUUUAUCACCAGCUUCCUCUAACAUCUGAUCACGAGCAUUAUCUUCGUUACAUUCGUGGUCUGCCGAUCAACGAUACUCCGGAGAUAUUUGCUCUUCACGACAACGCCAACAUUACCUUUGCUCAGAACGAGACGUUCAGUUUGCUACAAGGAAUACUCAAGAUGCAGCCGCGCUCAUCUUCAGGCGCAGGAAGGUCACGUGAGGAGGUGAUGGAAGAGGCUGGCCGCAGCAUUCUUGAACGUGUCCCUCAACCCAUUUCCGUUUCUAUGGUAAUGGAGAAACACCCUGUGCGAUACGAAGAGUCGAUGAAUACAGUGUUAAUCCAGGAAGUGAUCCGAUACAACAAAUUACUAGUGACUGUCAGACAAACACUGAACGACCUGCUGAAGGCGCUCAAGGGUCUAGUUGUGAUGUCACAGGCUCUUGAGACAAUGGCUAACAGUCUCUAUAAUAACUCUGUACCUGAACUGUGGGCCAGUAAGGCCUACCCCUCACUAAAACCGCUGGCGUCGUGGGUCACUGAUCUGGUAGCUCGAGUUCAGUUCAUUGAAAAGUGGAUAGAACAUGGAAUACCCCCAGUUUUCUGGAUAUCAGGGUUCUUCUUUCCUCAAGGAUUUUUGACCGGAACACUUCAGAACUUUGCGAGAUCCUCGUCGAUAUCCAUCGAUGUUAUCACGUUUGACUUUGAGGUGAUGAAGAAAACCGAAGCAGACCUGACCGCUCGUCCGAGCAACGGCUGUUUCAUCCGGGGUCUUUUCCUCGAAGGUGCCCGAUGGGAUUACGACAAGCACGAACUGACCGAGUCCCGACCGAAAGAGCUGUACACGGACAUGCCGAUUAUCUGGUUGAAACCGACAGCGAACCGAGAGAAACCCGACAAGGGCAUCUAUGAUUGUCCAGUCUACAAAACGUUGACCAGAGCUGGUACCCUGUCUACAACAGGUCACUCCACAAACUUCGUUCUUCCAGUCGAGUUACCCAGCAGUCAGCCACAGAGGCAUUGGAUCAAGAGGGGCGUGGCUCUUAUGUGUGCUUUGAACUAUUAAAAUCUGCCACAAACCAGUACAUUUAGCGUUAUUCGAUGAGAUUUCCAAAACAAUAGAUACGUUAUUAGAACAUUUCUCUCCGGUAUUUGUUUCAUUUCCUUGUUUUUAAAGUUCAAAAACUUGUAUUAGAUGUUUUUAAAUGGUUUUGUAUUGGUUUACUUGUUAUAUGAUAUCUACAGGUCUGACAAUCUCAAUAGUUCUUGCCUUCAUGAAUUGUCUUUGCCCAAAGCGUUUGAUAUCUUUGUGUAAGAACGAAGAUUCUUUCUCUAUUCAAUAUCUUUCAAAGUCUAAGGUAUGUAAAUUCGUGUUUCAUAUUUUUGUACAUGAACUAUUUUUUUCUGGUUACCCUUGCGUGUUUGAGUGCAGAGUAACGUGUGUUUUGAUCAUUUCAUCGCAGAUUGCUUCCUCCAUUCAUUCUAUUUACAAGCAAAGUAUAAGUAUAACAGCAGUCAGCUUGUCAUGUAAAUAUUGUCCGUUGCACAAAGUGCUGUGUUGUAAAAUAUUACCAAAAAAUGUCAAAAAUAAAAUUUUAAACAUG